CAUGGGUGGCAACAACCUUAAACGACACGGUGGAUAUUUUUGAACAUGACCUAAUGUUGUAUAUGUUGAUCUAAUCCACUUAUGGUGAGCCCAUUUCAUAAUAUUUCAUCAUAUACAGUGACUACAUGAUUGAACCGAAACCAUACCCUCACUAUCUUGCUAUGGGUAAACAGAAUCAAAUAAAGCCAAAAUUGAUAAAUCAGGUUUUAGUAGAAAGACGUAACAAGAAAGUACACGUAUUAAUUAACGGAAAGUAAUUGAUGAAUUCUUUUACUAUUGGUGAGGAUUGAUGUAAGUUAGUCUAAUUCGUAACAAUCAGCCUACAAUGACGUUCUUACGACUUUCUACAGUUCAUAAAUCUUUCAUUGAAACUACAGUAGAACGUGGAUUAUCCGAGCUGCUCGGGACCGGACUGAUGCCGGUUAAUCGAUUUCCACGGAUAAUAGUUCCGUAAAUAUCAAGGCCAUUUACAUAUCUAGAUAAAGCGUAUAUAGUAUCUAUAUACUAUACUGUGGUGGUCCUUUUGAUGUUAAAAAUGAUUCUGGAUCAAGCAAAAUAUUAUCAAACAACAAAUAAAGUUUUGAACGUAAAAUAAAAUCAUUUCAAAUAUAUCCUUUGGUGACGAUUUUAAUAAUUUUAACCAACCUGACUUCAGUACAAAUGUUCACCACGGUUGAAAAGCUUUCAAUUUUCGACGCUCGGUUAAUCCGCCCCCGGAUAAUCGACGUUCUACUGUAAUUAAAUUCAAACCAUUCGAGUAAUAUUCUAGCAUUAUUCGAGCAAAUGCUAGCAAUUUUUAACUCGAAUUGCUCCAUCUGUUUGCUUGUAGGGAAUUUGUCAGUUGGGUAGCAGCGUUUGAUGCAAGAAACUACCAACAUGGCUUUGUAUUUCAAGAUAAUAAGUUCGUACCAAAUUGAGUGUGGAUGCGAACAAAACAAUCAUUUGAAAACGAACCGCUCAACCGGGAACAUAAAAGUUACGAACCUUCCGCUGUACGCGGACCUGGCUGUAUCUGUAUCGAUGUAUGGUUACAACCGGAGUGCGAAUCAAGGUGUGAUUAAACUGAUCAAUAGUGAUAGAUUGAAUGCCACAAGUGUAACGUUUUCGCACAGCAAACAUUUCCGAGCCCUGCGGAUUGUAUACCUGCCGAUUGUCAUGUAAUGGUUUCUAGUACCGCGCACACCGAUGGCCAACGGACUUCAAAUGGUACGACGAGUGCAGACGAGUACAAUCUCGGCUUGAGGAGAAGUAUCGAUGCAAUGGAAGGCAAAGAAACAAGUGCACCUUCAUCACUUCUAUUGCCACCCACUUCACCUCUACUAGCGUCUUACAGUUCCCCCGGUAAGAAACCCAUCCAUACACAUGGGAACUCACAAAAUCACAUCUCCUCCGGGACGUCGGUAUCGCUCCGGCCGAAAGGACACUACCGAUCGUCUUCGCUCGAGAACAACCCGUUCCAUCCGCAUGGCAGCAAGCCGAUGGUUGGGCUUAACAUUGCUCAGGCCAGCUUCACGGGUACGUUGAAAUCUCGCCGUGAACAAAAGCGGAUAUCCGACUUCCUCAAUAAGCAAUCGUCGGGCUUUGGACCUGGAUCUAGUGGUGCCAGCUCGCUAACGCUCAUCUCCACAACGCGUGAGCCACAGUCCGAAAGCAGUCUGCGGAAGGCUCACUUCGAGAACAUCCGUGAGAUAUUCGAGAAAAACAAUAGCAAAAAUGCAGCAGCACAACAGCAGCAACUUAAUUUGAAGUCGGCGAAACUGGCGGGCAACCAGAUCAACACCACAGCAGCGGCAAUGAUGGCGGCCAACGUUGCAACGGCUAGCGAACUUGUCAGUCACGGUGGUAGUGCAUCCACGCUAGGAAUACCGAUCGAUGACAAACCUCCGAAAAUACAGUCUUGCAGUGGUAUUCUAGGAAAGGGCAAACAAGUGAUCCGUCCGAUUGCCUUCAAACCAGUUCCUUACAAAUGUAAUACACCAAAUUAUGGUGCCCCAAUCGGUGGUCGCCUGACGGAGCUUAGCGAUCGGUACGGUUCAACACCGUCGCUCGGUCCUACGAUGAGCCUGCAGUACAAAUUCGGAAGCACCACGGAUCUGCACCAUCUGCAACAGCAGGGCAGCAGUAGUGGAAGUAAUGGCGCAACACCGAUCGCGUCCGUGGGACCGUGCUCUAGCAACGGAUCGAUGGGAUCGACGUUCGGCUCGAUUGGUGGCAGUAUGAUGAGCAACAGUUACCACCAACAUUACCACCAUCCAUGUAGCAGUACCUUAAUGCGUAAAGGAUCCUCAACUAUACCUUUCAAGACGUACGAUAGUUUAGAGUCUAUUCUGAAGCUGCCGGAUAGCAUGAUGGCGUCCUAUCCGAAUCCCAGCCAUGGCCUGUACCACCAACAGGAUGUUCUCGAUAUGGCACCAUCACCAUCGGAUUCCGGCAUAUCCGAGCUGGAAGCAGCAUUGCGCGAUCGUGACUCCGAGCUAGCCUACCUUCGACAAACAAUGGAGCACAAUGAACAAGUAAUAUUCAAAGUUCAUCAGGACAAAGAAAAACACUGGGAGCAAGAAUUGAAUCGGUUGAAAGCGAUCCACGAAAGUCGCCUGCGAGCUGGCGCGCAAAAGGUCCACAAGCUCGAACAGUUGCUCAUGAUGCAGACGUUCCAACUGCGACAGGACAAGAAACGACUGCAAGAGGAUAACGCUCGACUGCAAACAGGCAUGGCCCAAGCGAAGGAUCAAACUGAACAGCAUCGAUCAGAGCUGGAACAAAUGCAGCAUAGCGCAAAGGAGCUGAAGGACCAAAACGGAGAUUUGCUAGAUGAAAUUCAAAUGCUGCGAAGAGUAAUAAGCGAUCUGAAGGAACGGCUGGAAGAGAGCGAAUGGAACCUGUGCCAGAAAAAUGGCGAAGUGGCACUGAUGAAAUCUCAUCUCAAGGAUGCACAGGCCGAAAUAUCUACGAAAGACCAGGAAAUUGUGCAGUUUAAAGCGGAAAUGAAGCUGCAAAAUUUCGACGACAUCAGCAUAAAGAAGUCGGAGAUAAAGAAGGAGCUAGAUUUUGAUCUGGAAAUUUCACAACUGAAUCGCAUUGUUAUCUUCAAAGAUCAGAUCAUCGUGCUGAUGAACAACGAAAUACAAAAGUUACGCAAGGAACUGUCUGAUAUUUCGAUAUUGCGAGGCUAUGAAGGUGCACCGACGGGUCGGUAUACCCGAUACAAAAAGAAGCUGGAGCUUGUUGCGCAGAAAUUCGAGGAAUCCGAUCGCCAUAACGAUAGCAACAACAACAAUAAUCAGCUCACCAAUAGCAAUAGCAGCAGUAAUAAACCAACAGAUUCUCCUGUGGAGGAGAAAAACGACAGCAAAGCGGUUUCCCCGUCCGCGGUGAUCUCCAGUAGUGACAUCAUAAGGAAUUAUUUCAACAGCAAACUCGAGAUGAACAAGAAGCUGUUUCUCAGUUCGCAGAUCUGUAACUACUCCGACGAGGAUAAGUCAAACAUUAUCGACGCGUAUGGCAGUGGCAAACAGGUCGGCAUGACUGAUAUCACGCUCGAUCUGAGCAGUUUGCUGCCGCGCUCAUUGACAACGAUGGCACAAACGCCAGUCGAGGAGAUAACGGUCACCGCUACUGAUAGCUAUCACCAACACAGCUCAUCAGACGAUGAUUACAAAUCUAUGACACCGACGCAGGAAGAUCACGAUCACCAAGAGGAUGAGCAAGAAUCGAAAAUAUCCGCACAACCUAUUGAAACGCCGGCUCCUAAAGCAGGGACGCGCCAGCCAGAAAGCUCUGGUGAGCUGGAACGACUCAACCGCGAGCUACAGUCCUGCCGGGAAUGCUUUGAACAAGAGAAAGCGAAAUGGGCCGACGAAAAAGAAAAAGUCCUCAUCUACCAGCGUCAGUUGCAGAAAAAUUAUGUCGAAAUGUGCAAACGCACACAGCAGCUCGAAGAGCAGCUGAAGACUAUACAACUAGAACAAACACAUGAAGCAGGCCGAAACUAGAGCGCAUAUAGAAAAUUGGAAUACGCCAUCGGCGAAACGAGCACGGCUGUAGAGCAUAGGGUUCUAAACGGAUGUAAACUUAUAUAGCGUUUGUAUUAUACAUCAUACACUAGCCCGAAUUCUUGCCUAUUCUCCGUUUUGUGUGUUAGUGCAGCACACCGAUCAGAAUUGCCGAGUAGAAUUAGAGUUAGCUAAUUAAGUGAUUGAAAAGCGUUUUUUUGAAAAGUUGAAAUAAUAAUAUUUAAAAAGGUGA